UAUGUCAUAUAUUUGUGGUGUUACAUUCGGUUCAGUGAAGUUUUAAUGUAUGUGGUGUGUGUAUGUGGAAAUACAUCAGUUAAAAUGUUAGUUAGAUUGUUUUUCAUGCAUUUUGUGGUUAUAUGUGCCAUUGCUGAAAAAAAUGAAGAUUAUAAAGGAUAUAAAGUAUACAACAUUGAACUAAAGACGGAAUCCCAACAAGACAACUUUGACAAAUUGAGAAGUGAUGUAGUCGACUAUUGGAACUUUCCUAACUUGGAGUUGAAGAAGACUGGAAGGGCUAUGGUUCCUGUGUCUCAUCAGGACUGGUUUGAGGAAACUCUGAGAGACCUUGAAAUUCCAGUGGUAGUUGGUGUUGAAGAUGUCUAUGAAUUCCUGCUCAAGAAAGAGGAAGAAGACGACUUGGAGAUAAAUCUGAAAAACCAGUACAUGCUUUCGAGAACGGCUACCGAUAGGGCAUUCAAUUUGACAAGGUUCCUUCGUUACGAUGAGGUUUUUGAGUACGCUCAAACUUUAGAAGAAGAGUUCACAACAUCGCCUACAAUAUCUGUGGAAAUUGUUGAAUCUGGAACAACAUUUCAAGGCAGAGUUUUAUUCUACAUUAAAAUCACGUCAAGAACUUCAGUGGCUGAAAAUAAACCAACUGUAGUCCUUGAAGCUGCUUCUAUUCCUAGAGAAUGGAUUACAGUAUCUUCGGCCAUGUAUGUUGUUGAUAUGUUAUUGGAAGACGAACAGUAUUCGCUUCUAGAUGAAUUCGAUUGGAUUGUUAUACCCGUUUUGAAUCCUGAUGGAUACGAAUUUACUCAUACUAAUACUCGAUUGUGGACAAAGUCCCGUCGCACCAACUUGCUGCCCCUCGUCUGCCCCGGAGUCAACGUCAACCGAAACUUCGACAUCGACUUUGGUAACUUUGACUCCAGUACCAACAAUUACUGUAGCGACAUCUACGCUGGUCAAUCAGCAUUCUCUGAACCGGAGAGCCAAGUAGUCCAGAAGAUUGUUGAAGAAUGUGGUGAUAGAAUUAAACUGUACAUUUCAUUGCAAAACAAAGGUGGAUACAUUACGUAUCCCUGGAACUACGAAAGAGCAGCUUCGGGAUUAUUCAGAGAACAUUUGUUGUUAUCAUUAGCUAUUUCUGAAACAGUUUAUGGAAACUAUACAGUUGGUGUGUCAUCUGUAGUUUUACAGAGGGCGUCAGGGACAAGCAGUGAUUAUGUUAGGAGAAAUGGAGUGAGAUAUACAUUUAAUUUAGACAUAGCUACUCCUAAUGUAGUGGUACCAGUUCAGGAUAUUCCGGAAAUAGUUGAAGAUGUUUGGACCGCUGUGGCGUAUGCAGCCAGUAAUAUUGUUUAUUAAGUGAAGAUUAUAAAAAGCAUUAAAGCAGAUAAUGAUGGUAAAAAUGAUGUAGAUAUAUUUGAUGUAAGUUUAUUUUGUAAAUAAAGCUGAAAUUGUACUAA